AUGUUCACCCCCACUCGCGUCAAGGACGGGGGUAAUACUGCCCUUGUCACAAUCAGAGAUCUCGAGGAAAAGUGCGAUCGGUUGGAGAAGAGGAUGACUACUAACUCAAAGAACGUGUCCGACCGAAUUUCCGAGCUGGAGAAGGAAUGCGACCUCUACAAGAAGAAGACCACCAAGCUUGAAACGUCAUUGACAAACAAGGACAAAGAGAUGGCAAUGGCCAAGGAACAAUUGGACAUCAUGACUGCGGAGGCUCUUGAGGCUAAAAGCAACCUACAAACUGCCGUCAAGAAAACACAUGAGCUUGAAGAAUCAUCUAAAGGCAAGGACAAAGAGAUCUCUGCUCUCAGGCAAGAGACAGCAACGGCUAAGGGGCAAUUGGACGCCAUGACUGCGGAAGCUCAUGAGGCCAAAAGCAACCUACAGGUCGCGGCUAAGAGAGUGCACGAACUUGAAAAAGGCUGGAGACCAAUACCUAAACUCGAGGAACAGCUAGCAGCGGCUGAGGGACAGUUAAACAUCAGGGUCAAGGAAGCUCAAGAUGCGAACGUCAAAUUGGGGGAUGCCGUCAGGAGAGUCAAAGAGCUUGAAGACGUAGAAAGGAAGCUCUCUACUGAAAAGAAGCUGCGGUCGAUAGAGACGGCAGCCAAGAAAAAUCGGAUCAUCAAGCUGGAGGAAUCAUCCAAGCAAGUCAAAGAGCUACAACGACAAAAUGAUCAUCUCCGGAAGGAACAAGCUGGAACGGCUGCCGAAAAAAGUCGAGCGAUUGACCAAACCACCAAGCUCAAACAGGAACUUGAGAGCUACAAGGCCCAAGUCAAUCAGUACAACGUAAAUGUCAACAAGCUUGAGGAAGAACGUCGCCACCAAAACGAAGAGGCCGCAAGACUCGAGCAAGAAUGUCUUGGCUACAAGAAACAAAUUUUAAGCCAGGAAAGUCAACUACAAGUAACCCAACGCUUGGAUGACCGAAGUCAUGCAGCCGAAAAACAAGUUCAGGAAUUGUCACAAAAUAUCGCUGCGCUGGAAGUAGAGUGCUUCCAGUACUCUCUCCUCGCCACUGAUGAGAAUGACAUGGCCAUUGUAACGACAAGACCAGAUGCAACGGACGAUUUGGCAGCUCUUCAAGAUGCUGUCAACAAGGGCUUGGCCAAAAAGGCGAAAGCUGUCAGCAUGAUGUGUGAGUUUAUACGGAUCACCUUCAAAGAACAAUCCCACGGCGGGGAGGGCGUGCUUUUGGCACUUCCGACCCUUUGGAUUGCGGUGUCCGCGCUGGAUCGUGCUGUCAAAGAGGUUGUGGGACGGCUGGAGUGCUUACUGGAGAGUUGA